GUAUAGUACUAUAAAAAAGUUGUUUCAUUCCUAAGAAUUCAUUUGGGAUCACUUUUUGGCUGACGACAAUGGCGGAAUGAGGUUGAAUCUAUAGAAAAAAACACAAAAUUGUGUUGUUAGAAAUCUGCUCACUAUCAAGGUUGCAAUGUCGCAAUGGACUAUGGUGGUAAUGGUGGGGGGUGUUACAGUGAGAGGAGAGGAUAUGUAGUAGCUUUUAUCCCCACCAAAUGCAUUGCUUGAAGUAGAAUACAAGGUUGGUGGGAUGUGGGGCCUGACAAGGCUAAAAAGCUUCUUAGGAAAUGGGCCUUAAGUGGGCUAUUUUAAUCAAGUAAGUAAUAAGAUAAAUCACACAUCACAUGGGACAUGAAUGCUUCAAUACAAAGUAUGAACACAUCAACACUGUCAUCGCUAGAAGCCAUGUCUGUGUACCUGCAGGAGCUGUGUCUGUAACCCCCAAAACAUACAUUGAUCAAUUCACAGGCACCCACAUUCCCUGUCAUAGCAUUAAAUGUGAUUUUUGAAGUUUCAAGUACAGAGACAUUGAAUAAGUUUGGGGGGUGUUGAAAGCUUCAGCAGGUUGCUUGUCUGUUGUGUUCUCACAAGACAUAUUGUGAGCUGUGUAAUUGGUGUCGUUGGGGAGGGAUCUGAAAGUGGCUAUGAUGAAAAUAAUGACACGCAGAUUUUUUGACAUAUUAUGGACUUCCAUGGACAUAUGUUUGAGGAUUUUAGUGCUACAAAAACUUUAGAUCAGAUAACAGACAUGAAGAAAGAACCGCAUUUUGUGUGAAUGCUUUCUGGGUCCCUGUGUGAAAACUUUGGAACGGUGGAGUUGCAGGGAGAUCUGAAGACAAUGGAGCAGUAUGAGAUGAUGGAGCAGAUUGGCAGGGGAGCAUUUGGUGCUGCUAUUCUUGUGCAUCACAAGACGGAAAAGAAAAAAUAUGUGCUGAAGAAGAUUCGCCUAGCUCGUCAAACAGACAGAUGCAGGCGUUCUGCUCAUCAAGAGAUGGCUUUAAUCUCACGCAUUAGACAUCCAUAUAUUGUGGAUUAUAAAGAGGCCUGGGUGGAGAAGGGGUGUUAUGUCUGCAUUGUAACAGGAUAUUGUGAAGGCGGAGACAUGGCAGAACUGAUUAAGAAAGCAAAUGGGACACUAUUUCCUGAAGAUAGGUUGUGUAUAUGGUUCACACAAUUGUUAUUGGCAGUGGAUUAUCUUCACACAAAUCAUGUUCUUCAUCGAGAUCUCAAGUGUUCAAACAUAUUUCUGACAAAGGAGCAGGCUGUUCGUCUUGGUGAUUUCGGCCUUGCAAAAUUGCUGAAAGCGGAUGAUCUUACUUCCUCGGUUGUCGGCACACCGAAUUACAUGUGUCCUGAACUACUUGCAGAUAUUCCUUAUGGCUUCAAAUCAGAUAUUUGGUCGUUAGGUUGCUGUAUGUUUGAGAUGACUGCUCAUCGACCUGCAUUCAGAGCAUUUGAUAUGGCAGGACUUAUAAGCAAGAUAAAUCGUUCAGCUAUUGGUCCAUUACCUAGCAUGUAUUCUUCUCCCUUGAAACGCCUAAUCAAAUGCAUGCUGCGAAAGAACCCAGAGCAUCGACCAACCGCUGCUGAACUAUUGAGUGAUCCAUUUCUGCUACCUUUUAUCUCUCAGUGUCGUGCACAAACUAAUUUCAUGGUUUGUGCUUCACCAUCUAGGCGGAUUAGUAAAGUGCAUGAUGUUCAGGAAAUGGAAGAAAGUCAGAACAGUAGCCAUUCAAGUGCUGAUAGGGAUAGCUUCAAUUCUAUUGGGAAAGGGAGCCAAAGUGUGGUUUGUGAGUAUGGAGGAAGUGGUAGAGAUAUGUUAUCCAAAGACAAUCUAAAUGGUUUUGUGGAAGAUAUUGGCCAAUCAUGGCCUUCUGAUAGCUCAGGACAGGGAACAGUUGGAGUACCUAGUCCCAUGGAAAACAGUAUUCCUGAAGAAAAUGGAUUUAAAUCAUCUCCAUUACCAGCUACAGAUGAGAAUAAUUCAAAAUUUGACAGGGAGCCUAAUGAUGAAAAAGAUGUAGCUGUGAAUUUGAGUGAAGAGACCAAGAAAACAUCCACACCAAAAGGUAGGGUGAGCCGAGUAGCUGCUUCAGGCAGCCCAGCUGGAAAUACAUUCAAAGGUGGAAAUACACCAAAAGCAAAGCCUCAAGUGACCAAAAUACCACCGCCAGCAUCUCCUCCAAAACAUCCUUUGCCUGUCACCGAAUCUUCACCAAGAACUAAACCUAGACAUGAAGGGACACCACCAGCUACACAUGUGAAGCAGGCUGCGGAAGAUAGAACAAAGGCUUGCAAGCCAAGGUCACGUACUUCGCCCUCUGCCACUUCAUCCAGAAAAUCUUUACCUCCUCCCCCUUCUAAACCUUCAGGGUCAUUAAGGAAUUCACCACCAGCAGGAGCUAGUGGUUCUGAUCAUUCCUCUCAUUCACCCAACAAUGGUACAGCAUCUAACAAAUGUGAGAAGGAAUUCCUUGAGGAGAAAAAACCUUCCGAACAACAACAUGAAGGUCAGAAUAUGUCUAAUCAGUCUUACCCGACUACCAGAAAAGAUUUAGCAGUAAAUCUUGUUGAUGAUAUAGAGGCGAGGCCAGAAUGUAAGUUACCACCUUCUGAAAUUCCAGAUGUAUCAACAUUAUCUUCUUUUCUAGGCACAGACAAGAAUGGCCAAUCCAUCCCUGCUUCACAAAGAGCUUUGGUUAGUGGUACCUCUCUAACACCAAAUGAUCUACAAGUUUGCACAGCACUAGAAGGUAUAUCACAUGCAGCUGAAGCACAGGUAAUGUCAAAUAAUCCCCAUGGUCCAGUUCUUGUUGCAAGUGAUAAGUUAAUUCCUCAUUUACAUAGGCUAGCAUCUAAAGAUGCCUAUACCCAAACAAAGGAAGAAGAUCAUAUUCUUCAUAGUACAACUCAAACUGUAUUAGGUGAUAACAGCUCUUCAGUCACUUCAACAAGUGGACUUGUUCCAUCCAAUUUAGAGAGCCGGCAUGUGUCUGCACAAUCUUCUUCCUGUAUUAACACUGCAGAUUCACCUGCAUUACCCAUCUCGCAAAGAAUAAUCCAUAGUGAAAUUUCCAUACAGACAGAGGAAGAACAUAUAGUCUAUCCUGACAAGAAGGAAACUCCGAUCAACUUGUGUCCUUUAGAUAGCAAUUCAAAGGCUGAAGUAAUAUAUGCUGUAAAAGAAGUAAAACCAAAUGGUGUAGCUUUACGGACAGACAAAGCAUUUCAAGCAUCUUCUCCAACUGUAGAAGUCACUUCAGCUUCUGAUAUUAACUGUUUAGAAAGAACUUCAAAUGAUGCUUCUGUACAGACACAUGGAGAAAACAUGUCUUGUCUUAAAGAAAGUCAUAAUAUUCCACUGCAGUCAUACUCUUUAGACACCACCAUGGCCGAGAAAGCUAUCUCUGUAUCACGGAGCUUGCCAGAUACCUGUAAACAAUCAGCAGAAUAUAGCAACAGAUCUCCUGAAUUUGGGGAAGGGUUGGGGCAGUCUUCACUGAUCAGCAUUGCAAAUUCUAAUGCAUCUCCUUACGUCAAAGGGAUCAUCUCUAUGAACAGAUCUAUACAAAUUGUACAAGAUGAGAGAUCAGUUGAAGCAUCAAAUUUAUCCUCUGAACAAUCAUUUCCUGAUGGUCAACAGCAUGCAAUCCCUACUAGAAAACCUUGUUACCAAGGUACCAAUGGAAAUGUUGAGGUAUGUUUUGAUGUCCAGAAGAUAAAUUCCACCGAUAGUUCUUUGACAGUGAAACAAAAUAUGUGUGAAACCAAUGGGGGUGAUAUGAAAGACAUGUUGGGACCUUCAAAUGUAGUAUCUGAUAAGCAGACUUUACAAUUGGACCCAAACCAAAUUCAAACAAAAGCAAAUGACCAAUUCUUUGAUGUUUCUGUAAAUGUUCCAAGGUUGGAUGCAACUCCGGCAGAGAUCAGUGUAUCAUCAUCUCCAUUACCUGAGUCUAGGUCAGCUGAUAACGACAGGUUUGCAGUUGAGGAAGAGAAAGGUUUAAGGUUACAGACUCAGCUUGGGCAUUCUAACUUUCCUCUUUUUGGCUACGAAAGAGAUAACCAGUCCUGCCUAUCAUCUAUGAUAAGGGAAGAUUCUGAUGUUGCAAGUUGUUUAACUGUUACAAGUCACAAUAAAUGUCUGGGUACAACUGAUCAAGAGAACAGAAAUGAUGACAGAACUCAGGAAAAAGGAACCAUCCAGAUAAAUGAGAAACUUCCUAUACAUGUCCAACCUUCUUUCAAUAAUAUCAUACAUGUUAUCCGUCAUAGUACAUUUCAAGUUGGCAGUGAGCAGUCAGGGGUGCAGACAGGAGGAAUGGAUGUGCAAAAUGUGGAUAUUGAGCCAUUGCUAGAUUUAAAAAGGGAUGGCUUAGAAGUACUAGCUGUGCCUUCAGUAUCUACUGUCACUAGCCAUGUAUUACAACAAAAUUCACAAAAUGGCUCUUGUAAAGAAGAAGAGAACUGUACAAAGGGACUUGAUGUUCGGUCAUAUCGCCAAAGAGCAGAUGCCCUUGAAGCUUUGCUAGAGCUCUGUGCACAGUUACUUAAACAACAUCGACUAGAAGAGCUAGCAGGAGUACUAAAUCCUUUUGGAAAGGAGAAGGUUUCUCCAAGAGAGACAGCCAUUUGGUUGGCACAGAGCUUGAAAGGAAGUCUUUGUGAAGAACACCACAACAGAUCCAACUCAGGGGAAAACACCUAAACAGAAAAGACAUAAUUUUUUCUCGUUAUUUUGUUAAUAAUACUGUAAUAUUUUCAAAAACUCACUAAAACCUUAAAUAUAUUGUGAAGUUCAUUCUUGGAUUGAA